GAAAACAGUUGAUUUGUGACAUGUCAGGUGUGAUAAAUACGUUGGGAAGUUUGAUUUGAAAUCACAAGAAGCUGUAAAUAUUAUAGUCGUUGUAAAAUAAAUCCGUGACGAUGAACAUUAAUAAGUGUGGUUGUAAAGAAAACCGUCCGCCAACCGCUGGUCGGUCAGGCUGCGGAUGUAACGCGAACGCUCAAAAAAUGCCCAUGGACAGUUUUAAAAUCCCAGCUGCCCCAGUCAGCCGAGCACUUAGCGCUAAAGUGAGCGAAAACAAAGAUCAACAAUCAGCGAGUAAUAUUGGAGUUGGGAAAAACGACGAUAAGAAAAAGUCGUGGUCGCUUUCCGAUUUCGACCUAGGCCGUCCACUAGGGAAAGGUAAAUUUGGCAAUGUGUACUUAGCACGUGAAAAGGAGUCACACUAUGUGGUCGCGCUGAAGGUACUUUUCAAGAGUCAAAUAUUAGAUUCUGAAAUUGAACAUCAGGUGCGGCGAGAGGUGGAGAUACAAUGCAGGCUACGUCACCCGAAUAUUUUGCGUAUGUAUGGAUACUUUCACGACGAGAAACGUAUUUAUUUAAUCCUGGAAUAUGCUAAACAUGGUUCUUUGUACAAAUUGUUGAAAGAACGCGAACGUUUUGACGAAAAAACUGUAGCUAUUUAUAUAAGAGAUUUGACUAAAGCUUUAGUGUAUUGCCACAUGAAGAAAGUGAUUCACCGUGAUAUAAAACCUGAGAACUUACUUAUUGGUCACAACUGGGAGCUGAAGAUAGCUGACUUUGGUUGGUCUGUGCACUCACCAUCAUCGAGGAGGAUGACACUAUGUGGCACACUAGAUUAUUUGUCUCCAGAAAUGAUAGAAGGGAAGCCGCAUAGUUAUGCUGUUGACAUAUGGAGUCUUGGUGUGCUUUGCUAUGAGUUACUCGUGGGCCUGCCACCGUUUGAUGCUAAGGACUCCCACCAAACAUACAGGAAGAUCAGAUAUGUAAUAAUUAAGUACCCUGACUUUAUAACAGAUAAAGCAAAAGAUUUGAUGGGUAAAUUGUUAGUAAUCAAUCCAGAACAGAGGCUGCCCUUGACAAGUGUGUUGCAACAUCCUUGGAUCACUGAGAAUGCUCCCGAGGGAGCUCAACCACCUGCCUUCAAUCCUGAACAAAAAUAGAUGUCUAAUAGAUGUAGAAUUAUAUUAUCAUAAUUUGUACCUAUUAUUAGGAGUUUUGAUAACCUUUUGUCAUGAAAUUCAUCAUUAAAUUGUGCUAGAUAUUUUUUUUUAGAGAUUUAAUAAUAAUGAUUCAUAUUUUACUUAAAUUUUUAUUCAAUAAUCAUGGUGGACAUGCUAAUUAUAAGUACCUAUAAAUGUAAAAGACUUAACAUGACUGAACAAAAAUAUUUAUUUUACCAUGCGAUUAUCAUGUUGUUGAAUGUAAAUAGUUUUAAAUACAUGCUCUGAAAUACA